GUGAGGAAGUUCACUAGGAAAUCUACAAUUUCAUUUGUCGAAAUCUAGUAAAUCUGUUCACUUUUGUAAUUUUCACCUCGUCUCAAAAUACAGAAUCGACCAAUCCGCAUCCAAUAGCGUUUCCGGCAAAGUGUCGCUAGACGUAAAUCUGAAAUUGCAGUUCUUCAAAUUCGGUUUUUGACUGACUGCACUGACUGGUUUUCAGUGCCCGUGCUUCGCGUACUGGAAUUGUCUAGUUAUGGCUGAUAUGGGCCUAAGCCUAGAUGAUAUAAUUAAAAAGUCGAAAUCGUUGGGAAUGAGAGGCAGAGGAGGGAUACGCAGAGGCAUCAGCAGAGGAGCACGAGCAAACGGUUCCGUGAGAGGACGUGGCUCGCAGAUAAUCACGGAUGCGCGGUUUAAAAUAAUACAGAAGAAUCGGGAGAAGCUCACUGAUGCCAGGGACAAGCUCGCCGAGAUAGCAAAGCAGAGCGAUGCGCGACUCAAAUUAGACAAGAUUCGUGCGUCUCAUUACAAGAAAAUAGACGCCCUUUCAGGAAUUUCACGCAAGACUGGCCGAAACGGUAGACUAUCAUUGUCGACGAACAAAGUGCCACAUUUGAUGCAGCAUGUCUUACCACCAAAUAUUCCAAACAAUUAUAUACCGCCUCCCACGAGAGCGGUGGGAUAUAGACCGUCUUUCUCUGAGCCUCAUUACUUAGGAGAUAUGAGUAUGGAUUAUACUGAUGAUUAUUUGACGGAGUCGCCUUCAUUGAGGAGGACUGUGAGUAACGAGUACGCCCCAACACCCCCACCUCCACCUCCUGUAUUCAGCAUUAAUCCGAUUUCUCCUUACACCUGGGUAAAGUCCAGAAAUACUAAUGUAACUAGGAUUCAAGCUCGAAAAUCUGAGAUAGAGAAGGAACGAGAAAGGCAAAGAGAUUACAAACUGGUUGCGCGCUCUGCGAUGUCAAAGACUGUUUCACCUCCUUAUAAAGAAGACUGGAGUUUCGGCACAAAGUCGAGGACAAUUGUAGCAGAAGAAACAGCAGAUUCCAAGUACUACGAUUCCAGAAAUCUUCGAGAAGUAGGAGUUAAAUCACGUCUUGAUUCCUCUUCCCCGAAUAAGACAAGAACAAUGGGCGUUUUGUCGCGGCCGAAAGCAAGUUCCAGUUCGUCGGUGCAAUCAAACGGCUAUCGAAUUGUGGUAUCCAAUUUGCAAGCCAAUGUCACACAAGAAGAUAUCAAGGAAUUAUUCGAAGAUGUUGGAGAACUGCUCGUAUCGAGACUAGUACGUCCAGGUACAGCGGAAGUAAUUUAUAAAACACUGAAGGAUGCGACUAAAGCAGUUGAAACUUAUCAUAAUCGACAAUUAGACGGCCAUCCAAUGAAAUGUCUUCUCGUUAAUCCACGACCAAAAAAUAAUCCAACUGGGCCAGCCGUCCGAUCUCUCACGGAGUCGAGACGUAGUAUCAGCUCGAGUUAUGUACAACCAAGUUUAGGAGCGGUGCAUCGCGCAUUAUUCGACGAUUCUUAAUCGAACGUACCCAUUUUGAUAUAAAUCAAUAUGAAGAAAAGAAAUGUCUUGUAUGUAUGUGUAACGGACAUUAUGCAGAUUAUUCUUAGGAAGGUGAACGGAGAAAUGACAAAACACAGAACGCGCAUACAAUAUGCGCAACUCCAAUUCCCAGGUGUAAUUGUAUUAAUAAACUUAUAUCACUCAUUAUCUUUAGUUUAUAUACCGUUUGUACGGACAAUAACACUGGAACGUUUGUGAAUUAUUUUCAUUAUUUUUAGAGAUAAACGUCUCCUCUUAUAUUUUAUGCGCUUUUUAGUUACACACAGCAUUAUUGUUCUUUACAUCUUAUAUUCUUUAAGUGUAAUAAGUUAUAUGAGUCUGAAAUAUUAGAGGUCGCAAGCUAUCCUUCGAUAUUGAAGAUAAUAGAAAGAAUUCAGGCGUUCUGGUGUUAAAAUAUAGAGAGAAACUUACAUUAAAAUAAUAUGCUCGCGAAACCGCGUAAAAUAUCAGAUGUAAGUUGCUUCUUGUACAUUCAAUAUGUCCGAAUAAAAUGAUACCCACCCAGCAA